AAGAGUCCAGACAGAGUCUGUCUGUUUCUGUUUCUCUCUCCAUUGUCAGUCAAAUCAUCUAUAUAUGAACAGAGGAAGAGAGGAUGAUGCAUGAUCGAUCAUCUUCUCCUUAUAAUCAUCUCUAAUUCAUUCAUUCAUUCAUUCUGUCUGUGUGUGUGUGUGUGUUGUGUUUUAUCUAAAUCAUCUCCCUAGCUAGCUAGUAGUGAUGUCGUCUGGUUUUAAUACUCAGACUUGCAACCUUUUGAGCCAGUUUCUCAAAGGUAAAGGGAGGACCUUGAAAGAUAUCAGCCCUCAAAUUGCUACCCAGUUGGAAGCCAAAGAUUAUUCUAAGUAUAACAAGGGUGAUAAUAUUGUUCCUAAAGUAUUAUUAAUGGAGGAAAAGGAGGAAGAAGAAGAGAAGGAGAUGGCUCAAAUGACUAUAUUCUAUGCUGGAAAGGUGAUGGUUUUUGACUUCCCUCCGACCAAGGCCAACCACCUGCUCACCACCAUAGCCACCGCCGCCCAUCAACAGUUAACCCCUCAUCCUCCUGCACCUGUUUCUGCUUCUGAUCUUCCAAUAGCAAGAAGGGCAUCACUUCAUCGUUUCUUAGAUAAGAGGAAAUCCAGGGUGAUGGCUAAAGCACCAUACCACAACCACCAUAUCAAUGGGAAAUCACAAGCCAUGUCAUCAUCAUCAUCUUCUAAAGAUCCGAUGAUUCUGUGUGAUGCUGCUCAUCUUAACUAGCUAGGGAGGCAGCAGCCAUUUAUUAUAAAUAAACCAAAACUAAUUAAAUCAUAUCUAUGGCUUGUA